AUGCGUCCACCUACUCCUUCGAUAUCACUCGAUUUCACUAAAACACACGGUACUUUAUUAUUUCCAAAACUGCCUCCACCUUCACCUACUCAAGCACACAUUGAUAUCAUUCGCUAUACCUGGGAACACUUGUGUGGCAUUCGACUUGACCAUGAUGACCCAACCAUAUCCCCUUCUCAUGCAUUCGGACUGGCAUUUUAUAAUGCCUUGUUUGAAUCUGAUUCAACAUUACGUUUCUUAUUUACUAAUAUCGUUCAACAAGCCAGAGCAUUUGCAGGGUUCAUAUCCUAUCUCGCUCGUAUGCCCACUCAAUCCAAUAUACGUGAAAUGAAUGCUCUUAAAAGAAAAGGUGUGGGUGCACUGACCUUUCCUGAAUUGGUAACAGAAGUCAGUAACACGGAGCAUGAACCAGUCACAGAAGAUUUCAGGUAUCAACUGCAAGAGCUUGGUGCAAGGCAUUACUAUUAUGGCGUCAAUGCGGAUCAUUUUGACAGUAUCGGUCGAGCAUUGAUGAAGGCGUUGAAGGAAAGGCUAGGAAAAGAGUUUUUACCAGAAAUAGAAGAGGCGUGGAAAAGGUCUUAUGCUUAUUCUGCAUAUUAUAUGAAGAUUGGGUUAGAAUCAGCACAAGAUGAGUGGAGACAACAUAGAAAUGAGUCAAUGCAAACGAAGCAAAGUUGUACAAUUCAAUAA